AAAAGCUGACAAUUGAAUAAAAUACUAGGUAUUUCAUUGAUAGCAGCAAAAAGAAAAGGAAGAGGGGAAAAAGAAAAGGAGAACUCAGUUGCUAUGGACCCGAAACAAGCCGGCGAGGAAGCAGAACGUAUUUUCCAGGGAAGCAAAUUCUGUGUUUGAUGUGAUUCUGAAGGAUAAGGUUAAAGGUUUAGAGGAUUGUGGAAGGCUUGGGAUAUGAAUGGUGCGUUUGGAUAAGGAAUGAGCAGGGAGAAUUGUGUUAUUGCCGAUUUGUUUCCUCGAUGUACCUGGUGGUUCUUUUGCUUUCCGCUGCCGCGGCUGAAGAUGUCAGCAGGUCGGCCGACCUCCUUCUGAGGGAUGUCAAAGCGUACCUGAAGGCCAUGGACCUCGGCUACGUAGUCCUUGGCGCUUUUGAAGCAAAAGGGAUGUCAUGUACUGCUGGUAAAUUGGGCGAUAUUUCCGGCAUAUACAGGAAGGGCCAGGUUGAAUUGACCAACUCUGAAGACCGGGCGGAAUUGAAGGUGAAUUUCAGCUUCGAUUCGCUUGAUGUUUCAUAUCCCCAUUGCAAAUUCUUACUGUUCAAACAGGACCUGCGAAUUCAACUGCCUCAGCCUGAAUUUCAUGCCAGGUUUGUUCUAGAGAGAAAAGGGACGCAGUGUGUCGGUAGGCUGGAAGACUUGACUCUCAAUUUGAAGCGUAUACGAUUCUUGACGACUUUAAGAGUCUUCGGCAUCAUAGAAAAUAUCGUGAUCAACGCAUACCUUCAUUUAAAAAAAAGCCGCAUAGUCCACCACCUUGAACAAGAAAUAAUCGAUUACACAAAGAAAUUCAAAAGUUUUAAAUGUUCUGAUGAUUUCAACCACGACUAUCUAUGAUUGUACUAUACAUACAUAUUUUCUCUUGAUCCUUGUCGUUCAUGAAGUUCAGGAUUAAAGAAAAAAAAAAUUGUAGAUCACUAAGAAGUUUAUUUAUUUAUUUUUUUGGUGUUAAGUCUGCCCACCUGCCAGAGAAAAUUUUUUCUAGGUAUUUAAAUAAAACAUUAUAUAUACAGGAAAGAAUAUUAAUUAAUAAUUUAUUUUCUAAACUUUCACAACUUGUGAGUUAUCACAAAAAUUAAGCUUCUAUAUUUCCUAAAGAAAUGAAGAAUGAAA